AUCUGUGAAAAUAAUUUAUCCAGUAUGAAUGCUUCACUGCGCAAUGUUAGAUAACAUUAGAACAUUAGAUAUUAAAAUAUUAAAUAUAAGAACAUUAGAAUAUUAAAAACUUUAUUAAUAAUCGUGAAAAUGUGCAGAAAUUCUGGACUAGUGACAUAGAGCUGAGCGAAGUCUACAAUGUCUUUUACAAUGUAAGCGCAAAAAGAUAAGCAGUAAUUGCUCGUUGCAACAAAAAGUACUAUUACUCAAAACUAAUGUCUUAUAACAAUUACUAUCCAAUUCCAUUUUCUCUACAUUUUCUUUUUUUCUCACAUCUAAAAUAUUCAGUUGUACAAAUUUCCAACGAGCAUGUUGGUGAUGUAGAAUUAUGAAUUUCAUAAUCGGGAUCAAUAUCUAUAUCGAUAUUAUUAUCAUCAGUACCCUCUUCAUUGAAAAAUAGAGCUUCAGAUGAUAAUGACGGCGAGACUUGUUCACGAUGCGUUAUCAAAUCAGUGAUCGAAUAAAACUGUUAAAAUUUUCAAUUAGCUAUGCCAUAAUAGUAAUUUUUUGACUAUUACCUUCUUCUAAAAUAACAGUUAUAAAAUGAAGUGUAUUCGCUGAAACUUUUAUUCCACAAAUUUUUGCCUAAAUAGGAGAAUUUUAUUUUUGUAGAAGUAGAAAGGAGUUUCCGUUAAAGGGUGUUUUGGGAACUGACAAUAAGAUAUUGGAAUGCAUUGUAUUUUGAUUUCAAAAAGAAGGCCAGAUGCGGGUUCAGUUUUGUUGGCGCUUGAAUUCGAUACAGAAUCCAUUAAUAAACAAAACAGUACAAAAUUAUGCAUAAACAUACACACAAUCAUUUCUUGUCAAAUAACGGUUUAAAGAAAAGACCACAGCUACUACAAAUUCACUAAACAUGCUGCAAAAAGAGUAACUACUAAAAUGGACUUCAAAUUUGAUAAUAACUAAUUUAUUUAAUUGAAAAGAUAUUUUAACACUAACAAAUACGAAAAAGAGUAUCUAGAAGUAUUUCAGCAUGUAUAUGUAAAAAAUUUUUUAAGAAAUGGUAGUGGGAAGGGGUAACUCGAAAAUCAUGAAUUUUUCAAAAAAUAUUUUUGCGUAGUUUAAUAGACACAAUGAAACGAAGCAGCUUUUCUUUAACCUUUUUUUAGGUACCUUUCAUCGUUCUUGUAUAUUUCACAAAAAGAAAAAGAUUUUGGAUCUUUUCAAGGGAUGGUUACACCAAAUCAUGGCAUGAAAAAAUAGGGCUGUAUUGCGGAUAAGAUAAUUCACUUGUACCCAAAGAAUUUUCUUAAUUUUCGGGUUAUAUAAUUGUCUUUAUUGUCACGAACAGAUCAGAUUUUCUAAUUUUUAGCAGAUUGUUUAGAUACAUCUUCACUUAUUUAUAGUUUGCUUGUUGAUAAAAAAUUUACAUUAAUAGAAUUUUUGUAACGUCGAAAAGAAUUAUGGGUUACAAAAUGUAAUACUCUGCAAAGUUGCUUACGUAUAAUUUCAAAGACUGGUAUAUCAGUUGCAUACUAUCGGCAUAAAAAUCACAGUUCCAAGCAAGUAUAAUGGAAAUAAAACUUGUUAAUAUUGCCGAUAUUACUAUUUUAGAUCGGUACUAUUUUAAUUUCAAUUAAGUACACUAAAACAUAAAACUAAACGAUAUUUCCCACAAAAUAGCCAGCAUAAACAAGUGGAAAGUGUCCUUUCUGUGUACAUAUCAUAUAUUUUCAUGUUGCUAACAAUAGGUGAAAACAAUAAAGAUAAUAAAAAUAGUGAAAAAUUGUUCACUAUAUUUCUUUAUUUCACAAGUAUUCAAAGAGUAAUUAUAGAUAGUAAAUAAGAUUAAAGAUCGAUUCCACACGGUGAAGAUCUCAAUGUAGGCUGAAAAUAAAAGUCAUACGAUGUUUGUUCUGGAAGUUUCACUGGUCUGUUAAUUUUUCAGUGAUAAUCAAACACAACAAGCAUUAAUCUCUGCAAGUGCUGAGACACAGGUGCACGAAUGAUGAAAUCUUAUCUUUCAUCCAGGUGCCCGAUAUCUUCUUCCAUUUACUUGAAUGCGUUUCAGUAUAUAUAAAGGAGUCUAACUGGUAGAAAACACAUCAAGUACAACAGUCUUCCCACAAAGUGGUCAAGAUGAAGCUCCUACUGGUACUGUUCACAACGCUCGUUGCGUUCGCAACAGCGAAUUCUCAUUACCAAUCACCAAAUUCGAGAUUCCACUACGUUGCCAUGUUACAAGCGAAAAACUUCGCCUCUGACGAACUAUCCAGAGACAUUCACGAUUUCCUGAACCUGGUCGACGAGAACAAAAUAAUGAACAUCGUUAUGUCCUACCUGGAAGACGACGAAGUGCAGAGAGCAAUCGAAUACAUGUACAGCGAAGCAUUCCACGAUUUGGUCCGCAAGGUCGAAGCUAUGCCAGAAUAUCAGAAUUUGGUGAGGUACAUGGAAGACUCUGGCUUGGACAUGAAAAAGGUGAUCAGCAAAAUCCACAAAUUGUUCGGUAUGGAAGACUACGUACCACCCAUGGAAUUCUCAUCGAUGAAUACAUUAUCAAACCUUGGUGGAUUGAAAGCUCUGUUCAACGCUGUAGAGGCUGCCCUCCCUUUGGACAAAUUCACGGCCAUGUACAAUGAAAAGAUGCACACCUCCCCUGCUUUCCAGAACUUCAUGCAAAGGCUGCACUCCAAUGAAUUUCAGAGAAUCGUCACCAUGGUUUACCAAUCACCAACCUUUCUAGACAUGAGACAGAAGGUCAUCAACGACGGAGUGGACCUUGCCCCUAUCAGGGAUUUCAUCGAAAAGGUGCUUGGCAUUCAUCUUCCCAGAGUCGACUCCCGCGCCAUGUUACGAGCAGAAAUCUUUGCCUCUGACGAACUAUCCAGAGACAUUCACGACUUCCUGAACCUGGUCGACGAGAACAAAAUAAUGAACAUCGUUAUGUCCUACCUGGAAGACGACGAAGUGCAGAGAGCAAUCGAAUACAUGUACAGCGAAGCAUUCCACGAUUUGGUCCGCAAGGUCGAAGCUAUGCCAGAAUAUCAAAAUUUGGUGAGGUACAUGGAAGACUCUGGCUUGGACAUGAAAAAGGUGAUCAGCAAAAUCCACAAAUUGUUCGGUAUGGAAGACUACGUACCACCCAUGGAAUUCUCAUCGAUGAAUACAUUAUCAAACCUUGGUGGAUUGAAAGCACUGUUCAACGCUGUAGAGGCUGCCCUCCCUUUGGACAAAUUCACGGCCAUGUACAAUGAAAAGAUGCACACCUCCCCUGCUUUCCAGAACUUCAUGCAAAGGCUGCACUCCAAUGAAUUUCAGAGAAUCGUCACCAUGGUUUACCAAUCACCAACUUUCCUGGACAUGAGACAGAAGGUCAUCAACGACGGAGUGGACCUUGCCCCUAUCAGGGAUUUCAUCGAAAAGGUGCUUGGCAUUCAUCUUCCCAGAGUCGACUCCCGCGCCAUGUUACGAGCAGAAAUCUUUGCCUCUGACGAACUAUCCAGAGACAUUCACGACUUCCUGAACCUGGUCGACGAGAACAAAAUAAUGAACAUCGUUAUGUCCUACCUGGAAGACGACGAAGUGCAGAGAGCAAUCGAAUACAUGUACAGCGAAGCAUUCCACGAUUUGGUCCGCAAGGUCGAAGCUAUGCCAGAAUAUCAAAAUUUGGUGAGGUACAUGGAAGACUCUGGCUUGGACAUGAAAAAGGUGAUCAGCAAAAUCCACAAAUUGUUCGGUAUGGAAGACUACGUACCACCCAUGGAAUUCUCAUCGAUGAAUACAUUAUCAAACCUUGGUGGAUUGAAAGCUCUGUUCAACGCUGUAGAGGCUGCCCUCCCUUUGGACAAAUUCACGGCCAUGUACAAUGAAAAGAUGCACACCUCCCCUGCUUUCCAGAACUUCAUGCAAAGGCUGCACUCCAAUGAAUUUCAGAGAAUCGUCACCAUGGUUUACCAAUCACCAACUUUCCUGGACAUGAGACAGAAGGUCAUCAACGACGGAGUAGACCUUGCCCCUAUCAGGGAUUUCAUCGAAAAGGUGCUUGGCAUUCAUCUUCCCAGAGUCGACUCCCGUGCCAUGUUAUGA